GAAGUGAGCUACUGCCAAGGGAUGAGCCAGAUCGCAGCCAUCCUCCUGAUGUACUUAAAUGAAGAGGAUGCCUUUUGGGCACUGGCCCAGCUGCUGACCAACCAGCGGCAUGCCAUGCACGGUUUUUUCAUUCCUGGGUUCCCGAAGCUGCAGAGAUUUCAAGCUCAUCAUGAGCAGAUUUUAAGCAAACUGUUUCCCAAACUGAAGAAGCACAUGGACAAGGAGCAGAUGACUACGGGGAUUUACACGACCAAGUGGUUCCUGCAGUGUUUCAUUGACCGGACCCCCUUCACCCUCACCUUGCGGCUGUGGGAUAUCUACAUCCUGGAAGGAGAGCGGGUGCUGACAGCCAUGGCUUACACCAUCCUCAAACUGCACAAAAAGCGCUUGCUGAAGAUGACGCUGGAAGAUUUACGGGAGUUUCUGCAGGAGAAAAUUGCUGCUUCCCUGCAGUAUGAGGACGACGCCGUCAUCGAGCAGCUACAGGUGUCUAUGACCGAGCUGCGCAAGAUGAAAUUCGACCUCCCCCCGCCAGCAAAGCCUGAGGAGUUCCCACGGAAACCCCUGGGCCUGGAGCUCUCCCUCAACCCAGUAGCCUUGAAGGGCAGCAUGGCAGCCAACGGCCAGAAUGGCCGGAUGUGCGAACAACGCCUGGAUGGGGAGCCCCAUCCCCACAGAG